CACGGUUCACGCGCUUUAGCACAGCAUCCCGCAAACGGAAAAGAAUCUAAAGCCAUGGCAAGGCCCAAAGUGUUUUUCGAUCUGACCGCCGGCGGCAGUCCUGUUGGAAGGGUGGUAAUGGAGCUGAGAACCGACGUUGUCCCCAGAACUGCAGAGAAUUUCAGGCAGUUGUGCACGGGUCAGCCUGGCUAUGGCUACAAGGGAUCCUCUUUCCAUCGUGUAAUUCCUGGUUUCAUGUGCCAGGGAGGUGACUUCACAAACCACAAUGGAACUGGUGGCAAGUCCAUUUAUGGCAACAAGUUCGCGGAUGAGAACUUUAACCUGAAACACACCGGCGCUGGCUGCCUGUCAAUGGCCAAUGCUGGCCCCAACACCAACGGCUCCCAGUUCUUCAUCUGCACAGCCCUUACAUCAUGGCUGGACGGCAAGCACGUUGUCUUUGGACAGGUUGUGGAGGGCUUGGAUGUCAUCAAGAAAGUAGAGGGCUUUGGUUCCUCCAGCGGCAAGACCAGUGCCAAGAUUAUCAUCGCUGACUGUGGCCAGCUGUAAACCUCGACCAUUACCUUCACACAUGCCCCAAUAUAGUACUCCUCAGUGUCCCUUUCCGAAAUCCUGCCGCUACCUGCAACAUUCCUAUCCAAGUUUUACAUCUGGACAUGAAUCCUUCAGUCGUCCAUAUUUGUUGCCUUUGCUGUUUUUGUUGUUUUUUUCUUUUUGCGAAUGAAGUCCUGUAGGCCUGUCAUUUGUGUUAAAGUCUGAAAAUAAAGGGGAACAAUGAGUAAA